AUGGUGGUGUUCGUCGACUAUGAUGACCAGGGUUCGUACGAUGACGCCCAUCACCACCGGCCAGGUGAUGCGGGCGCUGUUCUCCACCCUCGCGUCCUGCCGGACAAGUCGCCGUUCUUGUCCAGUGUAACACUGUCGUCUGCUCAUCCGGAUCAAUUUCCGCCACAAGGCACUCAAGCUGGAGCACGCCAGGGAGACGAUGUCGAUGCGACGGCAUCUUCUUCCGAGAAGCGUGACCGUCCAAAUGACAACGCCUUCGCCGCUGCUCUGAGCUGCUAUCCUGUUGUCAAGGAAAUUGCUAAAUCCGUUGACUUGAACACGCUGGACGCGCUCUCCCGGACAUGCCGUCAGUUUCGAGCCAACCUAUUACCGUUCCGCCAUCAGCUGAUCAAGUUGACCUUGCGCUGUGAAAACGAGCGUAUCGAAACGCUUUCCGAUCUGUUGAGCGAAGGGGCAGCCAUCCCUGAGAGCCUGAAACAUGUCAUUAGGUUGAUCAAUCAAGGCGCCCCGGAAGCUAGGAGACUCACCAGCGGCAGAGUUGGAAAAUGUGCUCGUGACAUGGUUGCUGAGUGCCGGAGAUGCUCCAGGGUAAACUGUACCAUCAAACCCCCGAGCAAUGCAAUGCUCAAGAACCGCCUUCGCCGUCUUUGCACUACCUGCCGCUCAGCACCAUUGGUUUAUCAUCUUUAUCCGAAAGCGCAAAUUGAAAAGGCACCGCCGAACGACCCACCGAGUUUUACCGAAUCCGCUUUUGCACGCACGCCAUGCAAUUGCGAAGACGCAGUAUGGCUGUGUCAGACGUGUGGACAAUCGCUGCGCAAUAAUGACACGACAUACAGACGCGUGUGGAGUUGGCGGGCCCGCUACAGUACGUAUCGGGGAGGUGGUCUGGGGACAGGCGUCGGCGAAGGCAGCCAGGGCGUCAAGUGCGGACGUGGUGAGGAUUGCUUAGCUGCCCAGGAGAUUGAGCUGGAAGUCGUCUGCGAGGCCGACGAAUCGGCAGUGGGUUCGUCCAACCACAGCCACGUUAACGGCCAUGGCCAUCAUGUUAAUGGUUAUCACAAUCGUGGACUUGGUGACUCGACGCAAGCUGGGAGGCUGGACAACCACGAAGAGGAGCCGGGAUACUUCAGGCAGGAGAUUGUUGGUAUCGGUGGUGUCGUGAAGAAAAAGGCGAAGAAGAGAGUGAUGGUGGGUGCUUGUGUCGAUGAGCACGAGGAUGAACACAAGUCAGGCAAUUAUCUGCUAUCGGAGGAAAGUGGACAGCACCGUAGCUGGUGCAGCUGGUGCUGGAGGGUGGUUCCCAGCAAGGAGGAUCUGCAGCAGCUGUCACAUUGA